CAGGGCGAUCGCUCACACCUAUCUAUGAACUCUGAAUUAGCAAUAGUGUUUCCAAUACGACUCACUGUAUACAAAUUGAAUUAAAUUUGUUGUCCUGUAUGUGGACCUAUCAUGUCAACGUCAGUUAAAACUUACCGUUGCACCUAAACGACCGAAAUGUAAUCAAGUGCAUGUGUGGGUGCCUCAUCGAUCGUAGUUAUUGUGUGCGUGUGUUUGUUUACCUAUUAUGUGCAUGUGUGUGUGCGUGUCGCGCUUGUGUAAAUCAGCCGCCAGACCAAAAAUCAACUGACACGUGCUUGAAAUAUUUUUGUGUUUAUCAACGUGAGGCGCAUUAUCAACAGCAACAAAAACAAGAAAAGCCACAACAACAAAACCAAAACGAUAGCUACUACACGUUGCCAUCAACAUAAAAAUUGGAUUAUUUGCGUGCCUUUGUGUCUGUUUAUAGAAACGAAACGGCCAGGCAAUAAUUACAACAAUCAGAGUACCACAACAACACUAUUGGAAUGGCCUUUCAACGCAGCUACAGCAAAGUCUGGUGGGGCUCCGACAAUUAUCUGGGGGGCAGCAGCUUCACCGGUGGCGGUUACUAUUCACAAUACGCUCAACCAACAGUGCAGCCAGCGUCACUGGACAGCGCCCUGCAACAGCAACAACAACAUCAACAACAACAACAGGAGCAACAACAACAACCCCAACAGAUUGAACCGCACACUUUCAAAACAUACGGGAUUGGAAAUCUUUCGUGCAUUCAGGAAGUGGAAGAUGAGCAGAAUAGUUCGAAGCUCUCGUGGCAUAAGCAUGACAGUCCUGGCAGCUUGCGUAGUCAGGAUUCGGGUUUCUCUGACAACGAGGAAUCGCACAGCUCUCGCCCAGCCACAACCUCCACAGCCUCCACAACCUUCACCACAACAGCUCCAGUGACGCCUAACUCUAAGUGCAACAGUAGCGAUGCUUCAUCCUCACCCACCUCGGUGCGGUCUGUGGCCACACCACCCACAGUAGUACGUCGCGUUGGAAACUCGUCAUUCUACUCGCCUCUUGUGAGCGUCACACGACGCAUUUCCUUCAGCGGCGCAUCACUCGCAUCCAUAUCCUCCGAUGCGGAAUUGGAGGCCAGCCGCAGCAAGUUGUUUGAGCAAUUGGAUAACUUGCAGUUGAGCCAAAACAAGAAGCAACGGCAGCUGCAGUUUGACGACGAGCACAAUGAAGAAGAGCAUGAUGAAGAUAGGCCGAAUACCCAGAUGCUGGAGGCGACGCCGCCUCGUGCCACAGCCCGUCGUCGCAAACGUGUUGUGCGAAAAUCUACACAGCCGCUUUCGCCGACCCAUAAAAGACACAGCAAACAAAUAGAGGCGGAGGCAGAUUCGGAUGAAGAUUCACCUCCGCCACCGUACAAUAAUGAGACGGUAUAUUUGGGGGAGGCGCCGCCACCCUACAAUAAUGAAACAGUCCUGCUAGGAGCGGGCGAAGAGCACGAACAAGAGGAUGCUAACCUCACUCUCAAAUUUGAGGCGUCGCCGUUGCGCCUGAGUUCUGCACGGUUUACGGCGAGUACAAGCACACCAAAUGCGAGGGCUGUAGCCACAAAAGAACGACCUUCCUUUGAUGUACCGCUCCCCUUCACAUCUUCUGUGCAGAGUUGGCUGCAAUCGGAGCGCUGGAGCUGCGAGCAGGAAGUCAUGUGCACUCUGCAAACAAAGUCCAUCGCCCAGGAGGCCUACAAGAACUUUACGAUCACCACCAGUGCAGUGGCUAAGCUCAUUCGUCAGCUUCAGCAACAGUCGCUAGCACUCCAAGUUGACUUCGAGCGCAACGAGCGCGUGUUGAGUGGAGUCCAACCCGCUGGCACACUCCAGGAAGCGCUUUCGGGCGCCAGUCAACUACUGGCCCAUCUUUCGGACUUCAUACGCGUUCUGGAGCGCCGUGCAAUCUUCUUCAGUGAGGCGAGAGUGGAGCGAAGACGCUACGAGCAGCAUCUAGAACAGAUUAGGAUUAUAAUUAAGGACACGGGCUAUUCCCUGGAACGUCAGCAUUACAUCAAUCUCGAAUCCCUGCUGGAGGACUUGCAGCUCUUGAAGCGUUACACACUGAUCACCAUUCGUCUGAUUUUGGAGCGCCUAGUGCGCAUUUUGGUUUUGAGCAUCGAGCAGAGCCGCUGCGAUCUGCUGCUGAGGGCUAACAUUAACAUGGUGGCCACACUGAUGAACAUCGACUACGACGGCUUUGCAUCUCUCACAGACGCAUUUGUACAGAACGAGGCGGUGCGGGCAUUACUCAUCAUUGUUCUGGAUCACAAGCUCAGCUCUGUGCGUGCUCUGGCUUUGCGCGCCUUGGCCACUCUUUGCUGUGCUCCAGAGGCCAUUGCCCAGUUGGGCACCUGUGGAGGCAUUGAAAUUGUGCGGGACAUUCUUCAGGGUGGCCAAAAGCGAGGUGACAUUGAGCGACGAGAGGCAGUUUCACUGCUGGCUCAGAUUACGGCCGCCUGGCAUGGCACGGAUCAUCGCGUGAACGGACUAAAGGACUGCGCCGAGUCCCUAAUUGCCGGCUUGUCUUCGCUACUAACGCCCCAGUGCUGCCCACAGACUUUGCUGCUGUGCGCUGCCGCCCUGAACAACCUUAGUCGCAUGGAGAUAACCUCACACUACUCCAUUAUGUCGAACGAGGCUAUUUUCAAGUUGAUCGACACCCUGGAACAGCAGCAGGAUUGCCCACAGGCCAGUGUGUUCCUCUAUGAGCAAAUCGUUGCGAUGCUGCACAAUAUGUCGCUGAACAAGAAGUGCCACAGUCACUUGGCGAACGGCAUCAUCAUAAAUUUUAUCACGUCCGUUUACCAAGCGGAGUUCUACAAGACAUACGGCUCACGUGCCGAGUGUGAAUCGCAGCGGCGCAGCAUCAAGGCAAUUCUCCAUACGCUCACACGUCUCGCUCAGGACUCCCCGGCGCUGGCCGCCGAGCUAUUGGAGCAGUGGCGUUUGCCAGAUCUGCUGCAGCAGUCGCUGGCUUCUAUCCCUUCGGUGGGGACGACGAGCUCCCUCCUGGACAACAGUGGAGUGCACAGUCGUGACAUCUCGCAGUUGGCGCGACAAUUGCUGCAUGCCCAUCGGCAGGAGCAGUUACUGCUGCAGACCACCCAGUCACCAUCCUUGUUCAGCAGUGGCCACCAGACGCCCGAGGCACAGACCAGUGCCAGUCUGUCAAAAGCGGCGCCAGCUUCCGGUCUCAAAUUCAAUUUAACACGUCAGGAGAGUUUCGUCUAGCAAUCCGAACCUUCAACGCCCACCUGAAGGUGAGGUGGAGUUAGGAGUUAGGAAAUGGUCACGGCCGUAGGACGUGCGUCAAGUGUUAAUGUCCCAUUUAGAGUGCGCUUUUCUCUUUUCUUGUAAAUAUAAACAAAAUGGUUUUUAUAUUUGUAUCUAAGAAAAGAGGACACAAGACAUGCAGAGAAGGCCAACGAAAGCUUGCUAAUUUUUGUAGUUGUGCAAAAAUAGGACAAAGCCAUUCCGCUUUAUCGUUUGUUCAGUCUCUCUCUCUCUCUCUUUCUCGUUAUAUAUAUAUUUACAUACAUAUAAAUCUAUAUAUUUAUAUAUCUGCUUACUCGAUUAUUAAGGUAAACCGUACUUGCUGUUAAUUGAAGUUCAGCCUGAUUGUUGUUUGAUUCGUGUAAGGAUCAAAUAUUUUAUUGCAGUGCUACAAUAAAUAUAUAUCUUUGUAUUUAACAUGGAUUGAAGAAAAUACCAAAAUUUAGAUAUUAAGUCAACUAUGUGCCAAAUAUCAAUAUAAUAAUGGGAUUGUUAAAUAUAAGAAAGAAAACAACAUUUGUAUUAUAGAAACCAAUUGUAUAUUGUAUAUUUGUUGUAAAUAGGAAACAUUAAACAUUUACUUUAAUUUUGUUCA